UAAAGAUAAUUGGUUGAUUUCAGGAGGUUGAAGAUAUGUAUUAUCCAAGUAAUGUAUAAGCUUAAAUCAUUGGGAGGGAUAGAGCAGAUCCAGGGACACGGUGCAUGGUGUUUUAUCUUCAUUCAAGGUAGAACUAGCUGAUCCAGUUUCGGAAAAACAUUAAUAACUGUGGUUUUAAAUGUAUGAUACAUGGAGAUACAGUAGAUGAAGUCAAGAAAAACAAAAUACAGUGGUACAUAUGUGGUUGUGAUUUUGAGACCUAGUCCCUCCACACAAUGGAAACAGCAAGCAUUCCAUGUAAAGUACAUCAAUGUUCUAAGUGUCUGGGGGACACAGAGUACUAUUGUGUAUCGUGUCCAUGUGAUCUGUGUCCCCAGUGUAAAGAGAACCAUGUAAAAGAUCUCCAAACAAUAGACCAUGAUGUUGUGUCACACCUUGAUAAAAUCAACUACAUCCCAACACAAGAGAUCUGCGUGAGACAUCCUAGCCAUGUUUAUAGAAAGUACUGUGAACCUUGUCAAGUUCCUGUCUGUUACCAUUGCACACAACUUGGAAAUCACCGACAAUUAGUUAUUACAACAUCCUAUGACACAAAGCGAGAACAACACAGAGGAACCAUUCACACCAUCAGAAGUGAGGCUCUCUUUUACAGACCUGUUCUCCUGCCACGAAUCAAAACUGAUUUCAAAACCUGUCACACAGAAUUCUCCCUCUAUCAAUCAGAGAUGUUAACAAAGGCCCAGGCACUGAUGCAUCUCAUUUACUAUAUACAAAACGAUUUCAUGUGUAAUGUGUUUUGUGACUUUGAUUUCAAACACAGAUGUUUAAAACAAAAGAAAGAAAUGAUCGUACAUAUUGUCAGCCUACAGAGAUAUGUACACAUAUAUGAACAGAGGAAAGUAAUCAGACCGCUACAAUUCCUCUCCUCCAUAAAGACAGCCCUUGCCCAGAUACAUCUUACACUCCACACCAGCCAGCUCUCCAUGACUGAGUCACUCAACAAGGAGGAUGUGAUGGAGUCACUGAGUGCAAUCCAAAUCACAGAGAGAGGAAAUCGACGCGUAGGAAACCAGGGUCUGCUGAAACUGACAUCUGUUCCUGAGUUCCAUCAAUCUCUCACAGUGACAGGUGUCGGUCAUUGUUUAGACUUUUCCUGUGUGACACCAGACCGGGUCUGGGUCAGUGAUAGAAACAAUCUCAUCUUGACAGACACAACAGGUGUCCCUCUACAUCGUGUGGAGGAUUCAUGGAGUGAUUUAUAUGGAGGAUUACACACAGUGAACAGUGAGAGUGAACUGAUUUACAUAGAUAGAAAUUAUAACAUCAACAAACUGUCAAAGGAUAUGAAAACAACCACCAGAUUUAUAGAGAGAACAGACUCUACAUGGUGGCAACGGUGUGUGUACUGGUCCCCGUCCACUGGGGAUCUACUGGUCGGGAUGUGGUAUAUACAUACAGAGACAGGCAAGGUAACCCGGUACAACCAGAGUGGGCAACUCACACAAACCAUACAGCACGACAACACAGGACGGGGACUGUAUAGUAUACCUUACUACAUAACAGAGAACAACAAUGGGGAUGUCGUGGUGUCUGACUAUGGCUAUGGGUCUGGUGCUGUAGUGGUGACAGAGCGUGGAGGAAGACAUCGUUUCUCCUACACAGGACGUCCAUCAGGAUUAGGACUAAGGCCACGUGGAAUCUGUACUGACGCGCUGUCACACAUCCUGGUGUGUGAUUAUACCACCAAAACAGUACAGAUGUUGGACAAGGAUGGUCAGUUCCUGUCACAUCUACUGACAAAAUCACAAGAGAUGGGUGAACCAUGGAGCCUUAGUUAUGAUGUCAACACUCACCGUCUCUGGGUCGGAUCAGGGUCCAACAACAAGGUGUGUGUCUACAGGUAUAUCACCAGACAGGACGCUCUGACAGAUCAAACUCGUGUGAUGGAGUCAUUAAGUGGAAUCCCAACCCCAGGGACCGAAAAACCACAGCAAGAAAACCAGUGUCUGCUGAAACUGAUGUCUCCCCCUGAUAUACUUCAAUCUCUCACAGUGACAAGUGUUGGUUGUAAUCACAUUUCCUGUGUGACAUCAGACCGGGUCUGGGUCAGUGACAGAAACAAUCUCAUCUUGACAGACACAACAGGUGUCCCUCUACAUCGUGUGGAGGAUUCAUGUAGUGAUUUAUAUGAUGGUAAUAAUGGAUUACACACAGUGAACAGUGAGAGUGAACUGAUUUAUAUAGAUAGGAAUCAUAACAUCAACAAACUGUCAAAGGAUAUAAAAACAACCACCACAUUUAUAGAGAGAACAGACUCAACAUGGAGACCACGGUGUGUGUACUGGUCCCCGUCCACUGGGGAUCUACUGGUUGGGGUGUGUUAUAUAAAUAACUAUAUAAAAAUAGGCAAGGUAACCCGGUACAACCAGAGCGGACAACUGACCCAAACCAUACAGAACGACAACACAGGACGGGGACUGUACAGUGGACCUCACUAUAUAACAGAGAACAACAAUGGGGAUGUCGUGGUGUCUGACUGUGGCUAUGGGUCUGGUGCUGUAGUGGUGACAGAGCGUGGAGGAAGACAUUGUUUCUCCUACACAGGACGUCCAUCAGGAUCAGGACUAAGGCCACGUGGAAUCUGUACUGACGCGCUGUCACACAUCCUGGUGUGUGAUGGUAGAACCAAAACAGUACAGAUGUUGGACAAAGAUGGUCUGUUCCUGUCGCAUCUACUGACAAAAUCACAAGAGAUGGGUGAACCACGGAGCCUUAGUUAUGAUGUCAACACUCACUGUCUCUGGGUCGGAUCACGGCACAACAACAAGGUGUGUAUCUGCAGGUAUAUCACCAGACAGGACGCUCUGACAGAUGAGCACAGACCACGUCCUGAUGAGGAGGCCAUGUUUAGCUCAACAUCAGCCGUAGAAUGGAGAUAGCUUGGAUAUUGACAGAUAUGAAGAAUGCUAUUGAAUUCAUACAAACAUUGUGGAUUCCUGACCAUGAUUUUCCAUUUAAAGUAUAUCCAACACACUUUAUGGUGGAAUCGGACAAAAUAUUUCCUGAAGAGACAGAUACCAGUAUCUUAUUGAGUGAUGUAACGGACCGUGUGUUUAUAGCUCUACACAGACUUACUGAGUGAUGUAAUGGGCCGUGUGUUUAUAGCUCCACACAAACUUAUUCAGUGAUGUAACGGACCGUGUGUUUAUAGCUCCACACAAACUUAUUCAGUGAUGUAACGGACCGUGUGUUUAUAGCUCCACACAGACUUAUUGAGUGAUGUAACGGACCGUGUGUUUAAAGCUCUACACAGACUUAUUCAGUGAUGUAACGGACCGUGUGUUUAUAGCUCCACACAGACUUAUUCAGUGAUGUAUUGGGCCGUGUGUUUAUAGCUCUACACAGACUUACUGAGUGAUGUAACGGACCGUGUGUUUAUAGCUCCACACAAACUUAUUCAGUGAUGUAACGGACCGUGUGUUUAUAGCUCCACACAAACUUAUUCAGUGAUGUAACGGACCGUGUGUUUAUAGCUCCACACAGACUUAUUGAGUGAUGUAACGGACCGUGUGUUUAAAGCUCUACACAGACUUAUUCAGUGAUGUAACGGACCGUGUGUUUAUAGCUCCACACAGACUUAUUGAGUGAUGUAACGGACCGUGUGUUUAUAGCUCCACACAGACUUAUUGAGUGAUGUAACGGACCGUGUGUUUAUAGCUCCACACAGACUUAUUAAGUGAUGUAAUGGACCACGUGUUUUUAGCUCUAAACAGACUUAUUCAGUGAUGUAGUGGACCACGUGUUUUUAGCUCUAAACAGACUUAUUCAGUGAUGUAAUGGACAAUGUGUUCAUAGCUCUACACAAACUUAUUCAGUGAUGUAACGAGCCGUGUGUUUAUAGCUCCACACAAACUUAUUCAGUGAUGUAACGGACCGUGUGUUUAUAGCUCCACACAAACUUAUUCAGUGAUGUAACGGACCGUGUGUUUUUAGCUCUAGUCUGCUUUACACAAACUUAUUCAGUGAUGUAACAGAAGUUUCUUCUUUUACAUGAACUGUUGUUUUGGGUAAAUGAUUUCUCAGAGAACUGGUUUUUAAAGUGAUAUUUCUCAUCAAUUAUACAUGUAUCUUGGUUUUACUUACAUGUUGAUUCCAAAAUUUUAUGUCUUCUUAAUACAAUAUUAUUCAAUAUUGUACACCCAUUUUUUUUCCCUUUAUCUUUAUGUCUGUCAACUUGAAGUAUUUGAAAAUAUUUUUUGAGAAGUUCAAAUACAUGCAACCAUAGUACAUGCAUAAAUGUUUGAUCAAUGUUUAGAUAAUUUAAAAUUAAUAAUUAUAGCUGAUAGAAAUGAUAUUGAUCAUUGAACUGAGUUAACAUGAAAUAUAGGGAUGACUAGAUUUUAUAAGUGUACAUUUAUACAGAAUUCCUCCUUAAUUUAGUCAGUUAAAUGGCACAUUGCUAAAAUCUAAUCCAUCCGGGGCAAAGCUUGUUUAAUUUAUUUAAAUUUAUCCUAAAUAUUAAAAAUUGAAAUAUUAAGUAAAUUUAAUGUUGUUCGAACUCAAGUACAAAAUGUCUCUAUGCCCCCCUGUACAACAACAGUUUAUUAAUUACAUUUCUUGAUGUGAGAAUACAAUUCAACGUUAUUAUUAAAUAUAACGUCAUCUCUGAACUGAAAGUCAAAUCAACCUCUUUUUCAUUGGUGCAGGGUUUUUGUGUGCACAGAUACUGCAUUUUGCGGUUCAUGUUAUGUUUUUUUCCCAAGUAAUCUCAUUUAUGAUCCACAUUUGAUGUAUAUGAAAGUGAAUAAAAUACAUUCA